AUGUUGUCGAAUUUAAUCGCUCGAUAUCAGUUCAUAAGUAACCAAUUGAUUCGUUAUUCUCAAUUUUUAUUUUCUUCACCAACAUUUGCAUUUGCUGAUUGUCCAUCAACAUUAGCAACACCAAAAUCAUCUUUACCCGAUAUGUCAAUUUUACUAACUCAAAAACAUCGUGCAACUAUUGAACGUCGUCGAGUUCGACGUCAUUCUGAUUUGCCAAUGUCAUUAAUGAAAAGACUUGGUACACCUCGUCAAGACCUUCAUCAAUGUUUAGAAUGUGGCACUUGGCAUGAAAAGAAAACUAUAUGUGGACAUUGCUAUGAUCGUAUUAGAAAAGAAACUCAAGCUAUGAAAGAUUCAUAUCCAAAUAAAGAUGAAUUUAAUUAUAAUCAUCCUCAACAAGAAAUCGUUUAUGUUUAUAAAAAUGAUAAAAAAAUUCAAGACAAUACAAAACGUAUCGUUGAAAUUGAACGUGAACGACCAACAUGGUUUUCGAAAAAUCUAAUACCAAAAAUUAAUACAACGAAAUAG